AUGCUGCUCAGGGGGACAGACUCUCAGGUGGGCAUCUUUACCUUGCUUCCACGGCCACAGGAGCACAGGAAGACGCCAGGAGCUGUCGAUGGCAGCGCUUUGCCAAGCCAGCCGGGGAGACACACUGGUCCUGAGCUGGAGUGGACGGGCAGGCUCUGUGGAGGGCUCAUCCGGGACGUGAAGUGCAGAGCCCUGUGGUACUGGAGCAACUUUCGCGAUGCUCUCAGCCUGCAGUGUCUGGCGUCCUUCCUCUUCCUCUACUGUGCCUGCAUGUCCCCGGUCAUCACCUUUGGGGGACUGCUGGGGGAGGCGACCGAAGGCCACAUCGGUGCCAUGGAGUCCCUGCUGGGUGCCUGCCUGUCCGGUGUGCUCUACUGCCUCUUUGCGGGCCAGCCUCUCACCAUCCUCGGCAGCACCGGGCCCGUCCUUGUCUUUGAGAAGAUCAUCUACCAGUUCUGCAAGUAAGGCUGCCUGCCAGAGCCAGCUGCUGUGAGAGCCUGCCCAAGAAGACAACCAUG